UCUUCAUUGUGCCGAUACGCAGUUAGUCUCGUCUGAUAGAAAUAUUUGCUGUUUCGCAUUGUGCACGCAUAUUUUACGUUGUUUAAAUCUACGACGAAGCAUGUAAAUCGGAGUAUACGAGAUGACAUCGUGAAAAUCGGAGUCGUUGUCAAGCUUCAAAGCGUUUGAUAUGUUGAGGUCGAUGACACGUGUUGUCUAUCAAGUGUUGUGUAUUGUCAAAUAACGGGUAACCUAAAAAUGCGUGUAACAAUCCUUAGCUUCUUCUUCGUGAUAGUUCUGUGUUUUUUGACUGAACGUGCCUUAGCUUCAUAUUGUUAUCCAGAUUACUGUCAAAAUCUAACUCACCUGGUACCAACACCAGGUUUCCGAUGUGUAUUAACGCGGGUAGAACAUGGGAAAGAUUGCGCAAAGUUAAAGUUUGACGAAGCCGAUAAGAAAUCAUCUAAACAAGAUAACGCAAUCUUUGCAUUAUAUGCAUACAUGAAAAACUUUGAAGUUGAACAAAAAAAAGCGACAGCAUUUAAUAUAUCGAUCUCAGAUAUUAAUUUUCAUAGGUUAAUUAUACGGUAUCAAAAUAUCGCCAACGAGAAUGAGAAUGCGUGUAGAUACGUUGAAUUGUACGGAAACGCUACUCAUCCUGCACCAAAAGAACUAUACGUGUCGUGUCCAUUUUCCGAUGCUACGUAUGAAGGAUCCCCGUAUCGCUUGGAGUAUCUUAUGAUCGGCGAAAAUUUCGUGUACAGUAAAAAAUAUAUUUUCUAUGUGCCGCAACACAAAUUUAUCGAGGAUGGCGUCCCAGUCGAAAACUUCACGCCUUUUAUGUACAUAGAUUUAUCGGAUUUAUCGAAUCUAGCGGUGUACGUACAAUCACUUCCAUUGACGUACAAUGUGACGAAAUAUAAAGUAUGGUUAAUUAAUAACGGUACGAAAUCGGUCAGCACUGCAAUUAUAUCCAAGAACAAAAAUAAUGGACUCAUACGGUAUAAUUUCUCGGCGCCGGAUGGCGUGUAUUACGUCAAAGUCGCGGCGUUACAUCCAAAGUGUGAUAAAUAUGGAUGCGCGAAUAGUACAUCGCCGUAUAUAUGCAUAAAACACGAGUCCGAUCGAUUGCUGAUUAUGAUAAUCAGUCUAAUAUGGAUACCACCAGUCUUAUUGUACGCGUUGUAUCAUGCGUUUAAACUUUAUAGGAAGAAAGUUUUAAAGAGAAUAGCAAUAAGACCAAAUUGUUUGCUGGUCUACUCCCCGACACACCCGGCACACGUGAAUGUAAUGGCGGAAUUGACAAAAUAUUUGAAAUGUUGUAAUAUCAACGUCAUGAUAGAUAUGUUUGACAUCCCAGAAACUACCAGCAAAGAUCCGGGACUCUGGUGCAAUAUCGCGUUUCAGGCUGCGAAUGUUGUGUUAAUCGUGACAUCCCCGCCGAUGUCAUCUGUGAAAUCUGAUACAACGAUCAUUUAUCGAAACGUGGAUAAUCAUUUGUUACGUCUGCUGAAAGAGAACUAUCCGCAGAGAAACAAGAGAUAUUAUGCGGUAUACCUGCCAUACUGUAAGUCAGAUCAUAUACCAGAAGAAGCGCGACUCUUUAAGAAGUUCCAUUUACCUGAGAAUCUGACGAAGCUUGUGAAAACGAUCCAUGGUAUCAGUUGCUUGCGAUUUCUGACGGCAUCGGAUACAAAAUUAUUGGAAAGCAUUAGAUGCGCCACGAUAAAGAUUUUUGAAAACGAAGCUAGUAGUACACCGAUGAAAAACACCGAUGAAACUGAUGGUUUGUUGUCAUCAAUCAUUAAGAAUGAAAAAGUACAAGACAUUAAAAUCGAUCGGUCCAAUGAGGUUUAUAAGCUUGAUAUACCGAAUGACGAUGUCAUACCUCAAUCUUUUACGACAAAUAUUGAUGAAUUGAAUUUACUUGGCGAGGUUAGUGAAGAAAAGAACCUUGACUUUAAUUUUACGAAGAAUGACUGUGAAUUUCACAUCGACAAAUUGAACUUGUGA